AGAAAGGAAUCGGUUCGCGCAGGUGCGGCGCCUCGGUCCCCAUGGCGCUGUGGCGCGGCUCUGCGUACGCGGGCUUCCUGGCGCUGGCCGUGGGCUGCGUCUUCCUGCUGGAGCCAGAGCUGCCAGGCUCGGCGCUACGCUCUUUCUGGAGCUCGCUGUGUCUGGGACCCGCGUCUGCGCCCCCGGGAGCCGUCUCCCCCGAGGGCCGGUUGGCGGCCGCCUGGGACGCGCUUAUCGUGCGGCCAGUACGGCGCUGGCGCCGCGUGGCAGUGGGGUGAGUGCCGGAGGGGCCUGGGUCUCUGAACCUCCGAGGUUUGCUUUGGAGGUCGGGCGGAGCCCGCGCAGAAACUGGGCUCCCCAGAGGUCCCCGGGCGGCGCUGCUGUCCGCGCUGGCCCCUUGGUGAGAAGUGUCGGACGUCUGAGUUGAACCGGUUCGUCACCGCUGCUCUUUCCACUCGGCUGGCCUCUACGCCUUUCUCUCAUCCCGAGUCAAUGCAUGUGUUGAUGUGGUGCUCUCAGGGGUGAAGCUCUUGCAGGCACUUGGCCUUAGUCCUGGGAAUGGGAAAGAUCACAGCGUUCUACAUUCAAGGAAUGAUCUGAAAGAAGCCUUCAUUCAUUUCAUGGGGAAGGGAGCAGCUGCUGAGCGCUUCUUCAGUGAUAAGGAAACUUUUCAUGACAUCGCCCAGGUUGCGUCAGAAUUCCCAGGAGCCCAGCACUAUGUAGGAGGAAAUGCAGCUUUAAUUGGACAGAAAUUUGCAGCCAACUCAGAUUUAAAGGUUCUUCUUUGCGGUCCAGUUGGUCCAAAGCUACAUGAGCUUCUUGAUGACAAUGUCUUUGUUCCACCAGAGUCAUUGCAGGAAGUGGAUGAAUUCCACCUCAUUUUAGAAUAUCAAUCAGGGGAGGAGUGGGGCCAGUUAAAAGCUCCCCAUGCCAACCGAUUCAUCUUCUCUCACGACCUCUCCAACGGGGCCAUGAAUAUGCUGGAGGUGUUUGUGUCUAGCCUGGAGGAGUUUCAGCCAGACCUGGUGGUUCUCUCUGGAUUGCACAUGAUGGAGGGACAAAGCAAGGAGCUCCAGAGGAAGAGACUCUUGGAGGUUGUAACCUCCAUUUCUGAUAUCCCCACUGGUAUUCCAGUUCACCUAGAGCUGGCCAGUAUGACCAAUAGGGAGCUCAUGAGCAGCAUUGUGCAUCAGCAGGUCUUUCCUGCAGUGACCUCCCUCGGGCUGAAUGAACAGGAGCUGUUAUUUCUCACCCAGUCAGCAUCUGGACCCCACUCCUCCCUCUCUUCCUGGAACGGUGUCCCUGAUGUGGGCAUUGUCAGCGACAUCCUCUUCUGGAUCUUGAAAGAACAUGGGAAGAGUAAAAGCAGAGCCUCGGACCUCACCAGGAUCCAUUUCCACACGCUGGUCUACCACAUCCUGGCAACCGUGGAUGGACACUGGGCCAACCAGCUGGCAGCUGUGGCUGCAGGAGCUCGCGUGGCUGGGACACAGGCCUGCGCCACGGAAACCAUAGACACCAGCCGAGUAUCUCUGAGGGCACCCCGAGAGUUCAUGACUUCCCAUUCGGAGGCAGGCUCCAGGAUUGUCUUAAACCCAAACAAGCCAGUAGUAGAAUGGUACAGAGAGGGAAUAUCCUUCUACUUCACACCAGUAUUGGUGUGUAAAGACCCCAUUCGAACUGUAGGCCUUGGAGAUGCAAUUUCAGCUGAAGGACUCUUCUAUUCGGAAGUACACUCUCACUAUUAGGAAGAUUGUUAAGGUAAUUUUUCUGAGGAAGGAUAACUUAGCCAACUUAAAAAUUACAGGGAGAAAGUUGCGUGGAAAAUAGGAUCGGAGGUGUCAGAACUGUUUGUAAAUCUAGCUGGAAGACAGCCAAAGAAAUAAAAGCAGAUUAAACUGUAUCAGAUACAUUCCAGCCUGUUGGCGACUCCAUAAAAACAUUUCAGGUUUUAAUCAGAAUUUAGCUAUGAGACUGGAUUUUUGUUUUUUUAUGUUGUGUGCCACAAGGCUAAAAACUCAGUUCCUAAAUCCCCAGUUUGUGCAGCGCCAUCAAGUGUUGUAAGCCAAACUUCUUCACCCUUGAGAGCAUAUCAGCUGGAGAAAAGCACUCCCCCCUUGCCCACUUGAGAAGUGCACGCCCACUCACCCAGCACCCUGGUCUCUAGGAAAGCUUCGUGUGAGGUUCCUCUGUCUCUCAGCUCAGUGCUCAUGGGCAAGGAUCGUGAUUUCCAUUCAGCGUUACAAUGACAAUAUUUAAUGAGCAUACCUGAUUCUCAGUUUUCUGCUCUCAAAAUUUAGGACAGAGCCACUAAGGACAAAACAGUCCUUCCUGUGCUUUGUGAUGGCAGCAGGGGCUGGGGAGCCUCUGAGGGACUCUUCAUUCUGCAGUUGUCUGGAAGCCUGAGUGGCGUCGUGAGAUGAAGGAUUGUACUUUCCUGUCCUGGCUCUGUAGUCGGUAGGCUGGCUGGUAAAAGGCUCACGAGGCCUGGGCUGAACCUCGUUGCCUAGCUUUGGAUGUGCUUCCUGCAAUAAAGACUGAUUUUUGUUGAUUCUGAACCUUCAAGGAAUUUGCUUUUUACAACUGGAAUAUGCUCCUGUGUGUGUAUAACAGAUCAUGUAUGUUUUAUGUUUUCAUUGAUCAUUAAAGAGUUUGACCUAAUAAGAGCUCCAGGAUCAUUAACAAACUUGUCAUGUUAUAUAUUUAUUUUUUUAUAAAUCAAGACGUCUCUGUGCUUUUAAAUAUAUUAAAACAAUUGACAUUUCAGGAAUCCUGUCUGUAACUGGUUUUUUGUCUCUGUCACCACUCUGGAACCAGGUAUGACGAAAACCAUUCUAAUCUUCA